AGCCUCAGCGGCGGCCAUCUUGGUACGUCGGUCUCCUUCGGCUGGGGGCGGGGCAACCAGUGCGGGGUUCGGAACCUGAGGGGUGGGGCCGGGGGUCGCUGAGGCCAAAGGGGAGGCCGCGAUCAGGCGGGGGGGCUGCGAGGCGAGUUCAGCUCCCCCCGCGGGUCUCACCGCGCCGCCGCGGGGCAGAGCCCAGCUAGCACCAUGAGCGCCGAAGCCGCUGACCGGGAAGCGGCCACUUCUAGCCGGCCUUGCACUCCGCCGCAAACCUCCUGGUUCGAGUUCCUGCUGGAGGAGGCGCUGCUGGAGGCGCAUCUGCAGAAGCCCUGCCCUGAUCCUCCACCUGUUCAGUUGAUUGUCCAGUUUUUAGAGCAGGCUUCUAAGCCAUCAGUGAAUGAGCAGAACCAGGUCCAGCCUCCACCUGAUAACAAGAGAAACCGCAUUUUAAAACUUCUUGCUCUUAAAGUUGCUGCACACUUAAAGUGGGAUUUGGAUGUACUAGAGAAAAGCUUGUCUGUUCCUGUAUUGAAUAUGUUGCUGAAUGAACUACUAUGCAUUAGCAAAGUUCCUCCAGGAACUAAACAUGUAGAUGUGGACCUAUCCAGUUUACCUCCAACCACUGCAAUGGCUAUAUUGCUCUACAAUAGAUGGGCCAUUAGGACCAUUGUCCAAAGUAGUUUUCCUGUAAAACAAGUGAAACCUGGUCCACCUCAAUUAAGUGUAAUGAAUCAGAUACAACAGGAAAAGGAACUUACAGAAAAUAUAUUAAAAGUGCUGAAAGAGCAGGCUGCUGAUUCCAUCCUGGUGCUAGAAGCAGCACUUAAAUUAAACAAAGAUCUUUAUGUCCACACUAUAAGAACUCUGGAUUUAUUAGCCAUCGAGCCUGGUAUGGUGAAUGGAGAAACAGAGAGUUCCACAGCUGGAUUGAAAAUCAGUACUGAGGAAAUGCAAUGCCAGGUCUCUUAUGAUUUGGGUGCAGUCUACUUCCAGCAGGGCUCCACAAAUGCAUCUGUUUAUGAAAAUGCCAAGGAGAAGUUUUUUAGAACAAAGGAAUUGAUUUCAAAGAUUGGUUCAUCAUCACUUCAUUGUACCAUAGAUGAGAAGAGGUUAGCUGGGUACUGUCAAGCUUGUGGAGUUCUUACAUCAUCUUCCAAUAGCACAUCACAACAGUCAACUCCUUAUAGUCAAAUCCAUUGCUGUAUGAGAUGUGGCAACUAUCAGGAGUUAGUGAAGAUUUUUCUCGAAGAUAAUCGAACUCUCAGUUUACCUGUUCAGUUCAGACAGUCUGUGCUGAGAGAACUCUUCCAGAAGGCGCAGCAGGGGAAUGAUGCUCUAGAUGAAAUCUGUUUCAGAAUCUGUACAUGCAACACUGUAUGUGAUGUAAUGCAAGGUCGAGCAAUUGGUAUUCAGUUUAACCAACUAUUUCUUAAACCGAACAAAGAGAAAAUAGACUUUCUUCUUGAGGUUUGUUCAAGGUCAAUAAACUUAGAACAUGCUUCAGAAUCUUUGAAAAGAAAAAUGGCCGCUUUUCUCAAGAAUAUGUGUUUGAGUUUGGAAGAUCUUCAGCUUGUCUUCAUGAUUUCCUCUCAUGAGCUGUUCAUAACCUUGCUGAAAGAUGAUGAACGGAAGCUGCUUAUUGAUCAAAUGAGGAAAAGAUCACCUCGAAUCAAUCUGUGCACUAAACCUGUGACUUCGUUUUAUGAUAUUCCAGCAUCAGCAAGUGUCAAUAUUGGCCAGCUGGAACAUCAGCUUAUAUUAUCAGUGGAUCCCUGGAGGAUUCGCCAGAUUUUGAUUGAGUUGCAUGGCAUGACGUCAGAACGCCAAUUCUGGACAAUUUCUAGCAAGUGGGAAGUACCAAAUGUUUAUGGCAGUGUUAUCCUAGGAAUUAAAGACAACUUGACUAGAGAUUUGGUCUACAUCCUGAUGGCAAAGGGGUUACACUGCAGUGCAAUUAAGGAUUUUGUCCAUGCAAAGCAGCUUUUUGCUGCUUGCCUGGAGCUUGUGACAGAGUUUUCUCCAAAGCUGCGCCAGGUCAUGCUGAAUGAGAUGCUGCUCUUAGAUAUUUACACUCACGAAGCAGGAGCAGGGGUUUCUGGAGAACGUCCUCCUUCUGAUUUGAUCAGCAGAGUCCGAGGAUAUUUGGAAAUGAGGGUACCUGAUAUUCCUCUUCGACAAGUUGUAGCAGAGGAAUGUGUUGCCUUCAUGUUAAACUGGCGGGAGAAUGAAUACUUAACUAUGCAAGUUCCUUUACUUCUGGUUCAGACUAAUCCUUAUGUGAAGGUAAUGGAUGUUCAGAGUGAAAGGGGCAAGAUGCCAUACUAUGCCUCUUUUCUUUUUCUUUUCAAGGCUCCAGUACUUCUGAAGUUGGGGCAACUUUUGGCUGCUACAUGCAAAGAACUUCCAGGCCCCAAAGAAAGUAGACGGACAGCUAAAGAUCUUUGGGAAGUUGUUGUGCAGAUCUGCAGUGUAUCCAACCAGCACAAGCGAGGGAAUGAUGGCAGAGUGAGUUUAAUAAAACAUAGAGAGUCUACAUUAGGCAUUAUGUACAGGAAUGAAUUACUCUCUUUUAUCAAAAAGUUACGGGAACCACUGGUUUUGACUACAAUAUUAUCCCUGUUUGUUAAGCUUCAUAAUGUUCGGGAAGACAUUGUGAAUGAUAUUGCAGCAGAGCAUAUUUCUAUUUGGCCAUCAACUAUUCCCAACCUUCAGUCAGUGGAUUUUGAAGCUGUAGCUGUUACCGUAAAAGAGCUGGUCAGUUAUGCCCUGACUAUAAACUCAAACAACCACUUCUGGUUAAUUAUCCAGGCAGAUAUUUAUUUUGCAACAAAUCAAUAUUCAGCAGCCCUUCAUUAUUACCUUCAAGCAGGAGCAGUAUGCUCUGAUUUCUUUAAUAAGAUGGUAUCGCCUGAUGUAUACACGGACCAGGUGAUAAAAAGAAUGAUAAAGUGCUGUUCUUUGCUCAACUGCCACACCCAGGUAGCAAUUUUAUGUCAGUUCCUCAGAGAAGUAGACUAUAAAACCGCAUUUAAGGCACUGCAGGAACAAAACAGCCAUGAUGCUAUGGAUUCUUACUAUGACUACAUCUGGGAUGUUACCAUUUUGGAAUACUUGACAUAUCUCCAUCAUAAGAGAGGAGAGACAGACAAGAGACAAAUAGCAAUUAAAGCUAUUGGCCAGACUGAGCUGAAUGCCAGCAAUCCAGAAGAAGUACUGCAACUUGCUGCACAGAGACGAAAAAAGAAAUUUCUUCAAGCAAUGGCAAAACUUUACUUUUAAACAUUCCUAUAAAUGCUGGUGUAGAGUGGAAAAUAUUUCACUUUAUUUAACUCAUGUGUUGAGUAUUUGAAAUUUAUACAAUACAUAUUUACAAGCA